UCUCAAAUAAUUUUACAAUAUCCUAACAGGUAAACAGACCCUCCCCGCCAGCUGCUGCGAUUUCCCAUGAAACACCCGACGACCUCACCCCUCUGCAAAACGAAGAAGUAAGCCCUCUCCUCUCCGGUAGCUGGCCGAAUCAAACGCCCAAGAAGAUUCAGCAACUGAGCUCCUUGUUGCGUGUGAGUAACUAAAAAACUGGACCCAAUAGAGCUAUAUAACAAGAAGAAUCCGAAACCCUCUCACAGCUUGGAGAAAGAAUGAGAAUCGUAGGACUAACUGGUGGAAUCGCUUCGGGAAAGAGCACCGUCUCCAACCUCUUCAAGUCCCAUGGCAUCCCCGUUGUCGAUGCCGAUGUCGUUGCUCGUGAUGUGUUAAAGAAAGGCACCGGUGGUUGGAAAAAGGUUGUUGCAGCAUUUGGAGAGGACAUUUUACAAGCUGAUGGAGAAGUUGACAGGCCUAGAUUUGGCCAAAUUGUGUUCUCUGAUCCUGCAAAGCGCCAACUUCUUAAUCGGCUAUUGGCUCCUUAUAUAUCCUCUGGUAUCUUCUGGGAAAUUGCGAAGUUAUGGCUGAAAGGGUUUAAGGUUAUUGUUCUUGAUGUCCCUUUGUUGUUCGAGGCCAAGAUGGAGAAAUGGACUAAGCCCAUUGCAGUUGUAUGGGUUGACCCUGAAACACAACUUAGACGACUCAUGGCAAGAGACGGAACAAGCGAGGAGGAUGCUGGAAACAGGAUAAAUGCUCAGAUGUCUCUGGAUUUAAAAAGGAAUAAGGCAGACAUAGUGAUUGACAAUACAGGAUCAUUAGAGGACUUGAAUGAACAGUUCAGGAAGGUAUUAUUUGAGGUCACAAAGCCCUUGACAUGGAAUGAGUUUGGGCUUUCCCGUCAGGGAGCAUUGUCGGUCUUUGUCUCCGUCGUUAUAGGUGUUCUUAUAUGCCGAAAAAUCUCCAGUGGCAAUGGUUUUGAGCCAUCGUAACUAUCCCAAACUUCUUGUACUGAAUUAAAAUAUGCCAGUGUAUCUCACUUAAACCAAUCUGUGCUUUAUAGUUUUUGUUUUUUCAUCUAUUGACUGCCAAAAAGUAUAUUGUUCUGUUCUUGGGAAGGAAGACUUAUCAAUAAAAGACCACCUGUGUUUUACAGGGACUGUAAUGAA